ACCGGAGGGACUAUAAGGCAAACGUUGCUGAAGCUGCCGGGGCAAAGUAAUCUAUUUAAUCUUACCCUUAUAUUCGUUUGGUGCUGCGGUUGCGUUGCUAUCUCCGAUCCGUCUUUUCUGGCGAGGGUGCUCAUCUAUAACAUGGGGUCAGACCCAGGAAAAAGGUGCACCUCAGAGAAUGCCUUUUGCCCCCUUGAAGGCCACUGAAAAUAUUGGUGGACAGAAGUUGAUGAAGUGUGUUGGAGAUCCAGUUGCAUGGUUGGGCCCUGGAAAUGGGAUGUCAAUCCUAUUCGGGGAGCAUAAAGAAAGAAAGAGAAUCUCCUAGCUGCUGCUGUGACAGUAAGUGAGAUAGAGACUUCAGAAAAUGUCGACGGUAACAUCAGCGAUUCCGGCUCCUCAGGGCCCUGUGAAUCCGCCCCCCCCAGAAGUCACCAACCCCAACAAGCCCGGGAGGAAGACCAACCAGCUGCAGUACAUGCAGAAUGUUGUGGUGAAAACUUUGUGGAAGCACCAGUUUGCUUGGCCCUUCUAUCAACCAGUAGAUGCAAUUAAAUUGAAUUUACCUGAUUAUCAUAAAAUAAUUAAAAAUCCAAUGGACAUGGGGACUAUUAAGAAGAGACUGGAAAACAAUUAUUAUUGGAGUGCAAGUGAAUGUAUGCAGGAUUUCAACACAAUGUUUACAAAUUGUUAUAUUUAUAACAAGCCCACAGAUGAUAUAGUCCUCAUGGCCCAAGCCCUAGAGAAAAUUUUUCUGCAAAAGGUAGCUCAGAUGCCCCAAGAGGAAGUGGAAUUAUUACCACCAGCUCCUAAGGGCAAAGGUCGAAAACCAGCAGCGGGAGCACAGAGUGCAGGAGCACAGCAAGCGGCAGCCGUGUCCUCUGUUUCCCCACCAACUCCCUUUCAGAAUGUCCCUCCCGCUGUCUCCCAGACGCCAGUGAUUGCAGCAACUCCAGUGCCAACCAUCACUGCAAAUGUCCCAUCUGUCACGGUCCCUCCCACUGUGGCCCCACCUCCUCCUGCCACUCCCAUCAUGCCCGUGGUUCCACCAACACCACCUGUAGUGAAGAAAAAGGGAGUGAAGAGAAAAGCAGACACGACCACGCCGACAACCUCAGCAAUCACCGCCAGCCGGAGUGAGUCGCCCACCCCGCUGUCAGACCCUAAACAGGCCAAGGUGGUCGCCCGACGAGAGAGUGGAGGCCGACCCAUUAAACCACCAAAGAAAGAUCUGGAAGAUGGGGAGGUUCCCCAGCAUGCGGGGAAGAAGGGCAAACUCUCCGAACACCUCAAGUACUGUGACAGCAUCCUCAAAGAGAUGCUUUCUAAGAAACACGCUGCCUACGCCUGGCCAUUUUACAAGCCUGUGGAUGCAGAGGCUUUGGAACUUCAUGAUUAUCACGAUAUUAUCAAACACCCCAUGGAUCUCAGUACUGUUAAAAAGAAAAUGGACAGCCGAGAGUACCAGGAUGCACAAGGCUUUGCAGCCGACAUACGGUUAAUGUUCUCGAAUUGCUACAAGUACAAUCCUCCAGACCAUGAGGUGGUGGCCAUGGCCAGGAAACUUCAGGACGUGUUUGAGAUGAGGUUUGCAAAAAUGCCUGAUGAACCCGUGGAGGCCCCCCCUCCAGCACCCCCAGCUGCACCUGUGGUCAGUAAAAGCACGGAGAGCAGCCAUAGCAGUGAGGAGAGUUCGUCUGACUCGGACAGCUCGGACUCCGAAGAAGAGCGAGCAACCAGACUGGCAGAACUCCAGGAGCAGCUGAAGGCAGUGCACGAGCAGCUAGCUGCUCUGUCACAGGCACCCGUGAAUAAACCAAAGAAAAAAAAAGAGAAAAAAGAGAAAGAGAAGAAAAAGAAGGACAAAGAGAAAGAGAAGGAAAAAGAGAAGCACAAGGUGAAGGCCGAGGAGGAGAAAAAAGCCAAGGUGGCUCAGCCGACCAAACAAACCCAGCAGAAGAAAGCACCAGCUAAAAAGGCCAACAGUACGACAACAGCAAGCAGGCAACCUAAGAAAGGUGGAAAGCAGGCAUCUGCUUCUUACGACUCAGAUGAGGAGGAAGAGGGUUUGCCAAUGACCUAUGAUGAAAAGCGGCAGCUCAGCCUAGACAUCAACCGGCUGCCCGGGGAGAAACUGGGCCGAGUGGUCCAUAUCAUUCAGUCCCGGGAGCCUUCCCUCAGGGACUCCAAUCCUGAUGAGAUAGAAAUUGAUUUUGAAACUCUGAAACCCACCACUUUGCGAGAACUGGAGAGAUAUGUCAAGUCAUGUUUACAGAAAAAACAAAGAAAACCAUUUUCUGCAACUGGGAAAAAGCAAGCAGCAAAAUCUAAAGAAGAGUUAGCUCAGGAAAAGAAGAAAGAGUUAGAAAAGAGACUACAGGAUGUGAGUGGGCAGCUAAAUAACAACAAGAAACCUGCUAAAAAAGAAAAAUCUGGUUCUGCCCCCUCUGGAGGUCCGUCCCGUCUUAGCAGCAGCAGCUCCUCAGAAUCUGGAAGCAGCAGUUCAAGCGGAUCCAGCUCUGACAGCAGUGACUCAGAAUAAACUCUGGACUUUUAAAAAGAAAAACUGGACAUGGCACACAAUAACUCUGCAGUGUUCCCUUCUAUGGUUAAUAUACUACUUUUGUUCCACGGUGUGCAGGUUUUCUUUUUUUAAUUCAGUGUUAUAAAUGAUAUCUUCCAGUUUUUGCUUUAAUAGGUCAAAGAUCUUUUUUUGUGUGUGUGUGUAUUAGACUUUAUGAAAAAAGGAGCAAACCCUGCAUAAAGUCUUUUUAAUCUUGUCUGAAGCUGAUUGCUUGGAGAUAGCAAGAACUUUGAAUACUAAUGAUAUAUACCCAUAGAUAAAUCUUCAAGAUGUGGUCUAAAAGUUCUUGCAAAAAUCCCUUUUCUUACACCCAACCUGGUCUUCAGCCCCAGAAGGAAUUUUUAAGGAAACUUCUGUAAAACGGUACUGUAUCCAAAAGAUGUUAGCUUUGGAAAUAGUUGUCGUAUUUGUUAUUAGCACUAGUAUUCUUAACCUCAAGUCUACAGUGUAAUGAAAAUAUCCAACGCUAUCAUCUUUUUUUUUUUUAAACCCAUAAGCACGCUCAUGCGGUGGAUAAUGACAAUGUACCUGUUCUGUGAGAACCAGGGCUGGGUUUAAGCAAAGGAGAGAGAGCUACAGCUCCAAACCUGAGAAUUGAGGGGGUGUGGGGGUGGGAGGAUGGGGAACGGGGUGUGGAUAUUGAAUUUUUUCAAUCCUUGUGACUACGGGAGCUCCUAGGAGGGAACGCCACUGCUGUGUCAUGCAGAGUGCAGGUUUCCAAACACUGAAACUUUUACCUCAACACAGAAAAAAAAAAAAAGAAAAAAAAAGAAAAAAAGGAGACUUUUUUUGUAAGGCUCAGCAAUUUUCUAUGACAGUCCAGCCUAAUGCAUAACCUGCACUGCUGCAGCGCACUCCAUAACCAUUCUCCCUGAUUUCAUGUAUAUAUAAAUACUUUAUUUAUUAACAUCAUUGGUCAUUUUUAAAAAAAUAACAACAAAGAAACUGCAUAAAAAUAACAGCAGAAAUGCAGACCUUUUUAAAUGAUUUAAACAGAAGAUAAGACUCUGAGACCCUAUUUAAAUAUGUUGGACUUUUAACCUCCAGGUGCUACAGUUUCCUGUUGCCUGCGUUGGUGCUCAAUCAUGUUUAUGUAACUCAUUCUUCUUCAUCUUUUUCUUCUUCUUGUUCUUCCUCUUCUUCCUAACUACUACUAUUUCUUUUUUGGGUUCUUUUUGUACAGAGUUUAGAGACUUACAGGUAUAGGUAACUUCCAGCUGCAGCACAUUAAAAAAAUUUUUUUUGUUAUUUUGUUUUGUUUUUCCUUUGUUUUUUCCUUUCCUUUUCUUUUUUUUUUUUUGGUAUUUGCCACAGGUCUCUUUAGGGCAGUUUUAAAAUAAAUCAAUUUAGGGAACCCCCCCAGUUAUAUAAUAUAAACUUUGUAAUCUGAGAAAAAAUGUAUAGUAAAUCGAAGUCUUGAUUUUUAACUUUUUAUUGUAAAAAAUAAUAAUAAUAUACAGAGUUUAACAGAAGGUUAUGUUUUGUUUUUGUCUUUCCAGCAGGCUGCCACACAGCCUUUAGCACAGGGAUGCCCCAAUUUGCCUAGAUGAGGGUCAGGUGUUGACAAUGGGCCAAGAAUGAAAGGGUCAGGACUAGCUUAUAUAAAAGUUGUAGUCCCUGCCCUGUCCUACCCUGGCCUUUGGCAUGAUGGUAUGGCCCAGAAGCUUCUAGCAAUGGAGGCAGGAAAGUUCUGCACCCUGGAGAUGGAGGCCCAUUCAGUUGAUUCCUCUGUGUUGGGAGGAGGUCAGCUCUGGGCCCUUUCACAUGCCUCUUUAGGCUCUACUUUGGCUCCCUGCUCCAGUGUUUUCACUUUAGCGCAAAAGUUACUGUAUCAAAGCCUAAUUUUCACUUAGCUUCAUGUAAUAAAAUCAAUGAAUUGAGGAUUUGAUGGGAACUGACAUAUGACAUUCAGUGGUUAGACUAUUUUUUCAUGGAUCUCUAGUGAUAUCCACCAGCAUUUCAGUGGAAUCUUCAUAUGAUAUGCUAAUUUAGUAGGGAAAACUUUUUAAAGAAAUCUCCUCUGACUCUACCACCUACCCUUAAAUUUUUCAUACUGUGAUGAGGAAAUGGAUGAAGGAAUAUCAGUUGCUAACUACUGGGUUUUUGGUUUGUUUUGAUGCUGAUGAUUUUUAAAAUUAACAUGCAAAAGGGAGUACUGAGCCAGUUUACUAAAACUUUUAUUCAUCUUUGUUCUAGAAAUAAUUUUUAGUUUACCACUUUACAAUUUUGCCCAGAUUUUGCAAGAUAUUUUAUAAAAAGAUUUAAAAUAUAUAUAUAUGUAUAUGUAUAUGUAUAUAUAUACGUAUAUAUAUAUAUAUAUAUAUACAAACUGUUACUUUGAGGGAAUGAAUAGACAACUAAAUAAGUCUUAAAUAUGGUAUAAUUCGUAACAUCUAUUAAAUACAGAACAAAUCACAUAUUCUAGUGUGAAAUAUAUACUGCAGAAAAAAUACCAAGAGAUGUUGAGAGUAGUGGUUUCAUAGGAGCCCUCUUUUUGUGGCGAUAGUCACUAAUGAACAAUAUUUCACUUAUGUGAAAAAAUGAGAGGGGGGAAAUCUAUAUAAUCCUAAAGAUUAGUGCAGAUGAAAAAAUGUUAAAGCAUUUCAUUAUCAAUUUGCUUUAAGAGGGCAGGGAUCUCUUCCAAGCUAAUGAAAUUUACUCCUUUAUCCAGAAAGAAUCUGUUGGCUUUGUAUUUGACUCGUGGCAUAGUCAACCCAAAUAAUUGGAAUUUCAUGGUGCUAUAGUUUUAAAACUUUGUGUUCCUUCUUUCAAACUGCAAAACUGAUUUCCAUUCACUUUUUUUCUUUUUUGGUAGGGAGAGGAGGAGGGAACCUCCCAACAAACCCAGUAUCAGGUUGUGGGUUAUUUACCAUUUCCUCUGUGGUAACGAAGAUACCAGUUAUCUAAUUAGAAUCAUUCUAGUACUAAAAACUGUAGACCAAUUUUAAAUUUUCACUUUUGAGGGAAAGAAUAUUUUUAAAAGCAAGGUGGGGUCAGGGAGCUACUACAAAAAAAGCUUUUUAAUAAGGGGUUGAAAAAGUACAUAAAACUAUUCUAAAAUAUAAAUAAAACCAUAGAGGCUGUGGGGCAGGCCUUAUAUAGAAUUCAUAAUUUACUUAGAGAAAAUUUCUCACACUGGGCAGCAUUAUCUUGCUUUUAAAGUGUAAAGAUACAUUUUUACAGCAUUUACAUCUUUUACAAUUGUUUGGAGAAAAAAAGACACAAAACCAACAAUGUAGGAUUUGACACGUACAGUUUUAGCGCUAUUCUGUGAUACUGGCAUAACACUUCCAGAAAGUUUUUCUUUUUUAUAUUUAAAAUGUUACUUUUCUGUAUGAUGUGCAUGCAAGUUUACCGUAACUCUUUUCUUAAACUUUUUAGUGCCGUUUCUAGUAUAUUCCUGUAAAUGUCAGUUACUGAAAAUGAGUCAAUGUAAAGUAGUUUUAGCUUGUUUAUUGCAAUGCUGGCCUCAACACAACUGAAUUAAAAAAAGGUAGCAAGUACUCUUUGAUGUUACUGGUAAUCAUGGACCCUUCUCCUGGGGCAUUUGUUUUGUUUUCAUAAUAAACAGCAACAAAAAAAGUCUUCUUGUGUGCUUCUUCUAUACUCUGUUUUUUUCAGCUUCACAUGCUCCUGACUUCAAUACUUCAAGGAUCUGUAACACUGUUAGUGUGGGUACCCCCUUCACCAAAGCAGAUCAUCACUCUUCUAUGCCUUCUCAGUCAUCAUGAAUUACUAUGGUUGAAAAAUUUACCAUCCUGUGGUCAACCUGUUGGACUUUAGCCUCUCUGAACUUCACUAGGAUGGUCCUCGGACAAGAGGCAGAAAGUCUGCUUGCCAGGUUCCUAAAGUUUUUUGACUUGGAUCUGUCCCUGUCAGAGUUUGGGCUCUAAUGGCAUAAAUGCUGAGCAUCCAAAGUCCCUUUCCCACCAUAAUGAGACACCAAAAGAAAAGGACAUCUAGCAGCUCAUUUUACCCAUUUCACUCAAUGCUAACAAGAUGGUCGAGGUAAUUGAAUGCACACAGUGGUUACUUUACUAGUGUUCAUACUCUUAUGAUCUUUCUACUUAAGGCCAGAUUCUACUAUUCCAUUUGGAAUUAAUGUAAUAUUUUCUCCCCCUCUUCUUAAAGUAUAUGUUUCGUUUUGACACAAGAGACCCAACCUAAACCUUUUUACAAAGUAUAUUUCCUCAGAAUGGAAUUUUAUUGUUAACAAAAGGAAAGAAAUGUCUUUUGUGUUGCAUAGUAUGGAAUAGUAUUGCAUUUGACAAAAAAAUUGUUGCUUCUUAAUGUUGACUUUUUAAAAAAAAAUUUUUGUUUCAUUUAACUUGCAUUUUUCUCCCACCUCCUUCCAUUGGAUAAAAAAUACUCUUGUAAUAAAUAUGCAUAAUAAA